CCCAGUCCACUUGAAAUCAAUGGCAGUAAAAAGAAGAAAAAACUCCUAGCACCCAACCUAAGUCUAACACUGGAUCGCAGUGAUGGCUCCAUCUUAUCUGAGGAUUUAGAUGAAAGUGGAGACUUGGAUUUAGAUGAUCUAGAUACUCCAUCGGAGAACAGCAAUGAAUUUGAAUGGGAAGAUGACCUCCCAAAACCAAAAACUACUGAAGUACUUCCAAAGGGAUCAAUUCCAGAGUACACUGCUGCAGAAGAGAAGGAAGAGAGCAGACGCUGGCGUAUGUUCAGGAUUGGAGAACAGGAUCACAGGGUGGACAUGUCUGCUAUAGAACCUUACAAAAAAGUUAUCAGUCAUGGAGGUUAUUAUGGAGAUGGCCUUAAUGCCAUUAUUGUGUUUGCUGUGUGUUUUAUGCCUGAGAGCAAUCAGCCUAACUACCGAUACCUGAUGGACAAUCUUUUUAAGUAUGUUAUCGGCACUUUGGAAAUGCUAGUUGCAGAGAACUACAUGAUCGUUUAUUUAAAUGGAGCCACAACAAGAAGGAAAAUGCCAAGUCUGGGAUGGCUUAGGAAAUGCUAUCAGCAGAUUGAUAGAAGGUUGAGGAAAAAUCUGAAGUCCCUCAUAAUAGUUCAUCCUUCAUGGUUCAUCAGAACUCUCUUAGCUAUUACUAAACCUUUCAUUAGCUCAAAAUUCAGCCAGAAAAUUAAGUACGUUUUUAGCCUGGCAGAGUUGGCAGAUCUUAUUCCUAUGGAGUAUGUCAGCAUACCAGAGUGCAUAAAACAGUAUGACGAAGGAAAAUGUAAAACGAAAAACAAAAGGGUUGACAAGGAUCUUAACAAGAAGAGUGAAGACCAAGUCAGUGAGCAAUAA